CCCAGGUUCGGUCAGUUCACACGGUUUCACUAUCACAGUAACAAUGGCCGCUAUUGCGAAGUCCGCUGUGCGCAGCUCCGUGCGCCCCACUGUGGCCAGCCGGGCUGCCCGCGUUGUGCCUCGCGCUGCCAUUGAGUGGUAUGGCCCUGACCGGCCGAAGUUCCUGGGCCCGUUCUCUGAGGGCGAUGUUCCGUCUUACCUCACCGGCGAGUUCCCUGGCGACUACGGCUGGGACACUGCUGGUCUGUCCGCCGACCCGGAGACCUUCAAGCGCUACCGUGAGCUGGAGCUCAUCCAUGCUCGUUGGGCUAUGCUUGGCGCUCUGGGCUGUGUGACCCCCGAGCUGCUGUCCAAGUACGCUGGCGUUUCGUUCGGCGAGGCUGUCUGGUUCAAGGCUGGUGCUCAGAUCUUCGCUGAGGGCGGCCUGAACUACCUGGGCAACGAGAACCUGGUUCACGCUCAGUCCAUUAUUGCCACCCUGGCUUUCCAGGUCGUGGUGAUGGGCCUGGCUGAGGCCUACCGUGCCAACGGCGGCCCGCUGGGUGAGGGCCUGGACCCCCUGCACCCCGGUGGCGCCUUCGACCCGCUGGGCCUGGCUGACGACCCGGACACCUUCGCUGAGCUCAAGGUCAAGGAGAUCAAGAACGGCCGCCUGGCCAUGUUCUCCAUGUUCGGCUUCUUCGUGCAGGCCAUCGUGACCGGCAAGGGCCCGAUUGAGAACCUGUCUGACCACCUGGCUAACCCCAGCGCCGUCAACGCCUUCGCCUACGCCACCAAGUUCACUCCUUCCGCGUAAACUAAGUCAGCUUUUUGCUUGGGCUGGUGUAUAUUAGCGUUGGAGCUGCUAUCGUCGGUGUAUGCCUGCGAAUUAACGUGCGACGGAGUUGGUAUAGGAGGUCGGAUUUUGCCGUGUUACAAAUUGAGAAGAGUAAUAUGUAAGGGAGACUAAUUAUCUAAGUAUAUUUGCCAGUAUCAUGAAAAUCAGUUGCACGCUAGAUCUUUCCCCACGAACGGGUGGGCAAGUCAACGAAUAUCUACCACUUCUACCACCGCCCGGAACCAACCGCCGCCGCCAACAGGUAGAACAAUGGAACGUGCACAUGUGCCUAUGAAAGAUUAAGUCCGUCAUUUUUAGCCAUUGUGCAGAAAAGUCUAAACUGACAAUAUAUAUAACUGCAAGCUAUAUGCCCUUGUAGACGUUGCUGGUAAGAAGUAAUGAUGCGCAACU